GUUUUUACAAUAAAAUAUAAUUUCGCAAGAGUAAUUGAUUAUUACCACUUUCAGUAGAAAAAUAUAUUGAAAAUUUUAUUUAAUUGUUAAAAUGAAAAUUAUAUUAUUACUAGUUUUGAGUAUAUCAUUGUAUCUUCCAUCGAAUACACAAGAUGAUUGCCCAAGCGAUAUAAUUUGCAUAAUAACUGGAAGAAUCGGGUUAAGUACUUUUAAAUUCAAUGUAUCCACUUUGCCAGAAGAUUGUGGUAUAUUUACCGUAGGUAAUUAUGCUUUUGACCGUGAUGAUGGCACUAAUUCCCAUUUCAUGGAAUCAGAUAAAGGUGUCGUAAAGAGCUUGACUAAACUUAACAAAAUUGUUUACACGCGCAUUGGGUUCCAAUAUACUGAUAAUUGGCCCUCAAUAUUUGAAGCAGACGAGAGUUCUACAAAUUAUCAGUCAGAAACAAUAGAUCCAUUAGUCACUUUUUUAAAUGCAUUCAAUAUUAGUGGUAUUUUCAUUAAUAUGGAUACCAUUUAUGAUGGCUAUGCAGAUUAUCCCAAAAAAAUUUCUACUUUUGUCACCAAAGUCAAACAAUCAGUAAAACGUGAUCUAAAAUUCGGUUUAGAAGUAGAUUCAUCGACCUAUAAAAACUUUUCAAUUUCUGAGUAUUUUGAUUUUUCAAUAACAAAUAAAGUGUUGGAUAUUUAUAUAAUUGAUUUUUCACUCUUAAACGAAUGUGAUUCAGAUGGUCAUAAAUAUGGUUUAGCUCCAAUAGAAUGCAAAAAACCAAAUAUGACGACUAUGGAUCAAGUGACUGCUGCUGUAACUAAUUCAUCCAUGGAUCAAUCGAAAAUUUAUUGUCUUGUAGCAACAUCAGCAAUUCUUCCCGAGGGUCAAAUCUUAAACAAAAAGCGAAUUACAACAGUUUCUACGCUUUGUAACGGUACCAGUGACAGUUCAUUAAAUACAAGUACAUGGUGUUCGAAUCCUUCUGAACUUUCAUAUCAACAAGGUGGUUACGCAAAAAAACACUACAAAGGAAUAGUAAUACAGCAACUUGAUACAGAUGAUCACGAUGACACUUGUGGUUGUGGUCUAUUUCCAGUGACAAAUAUAUUUAUUAAUGGAUGGAAAUCAAGUAGUUUUUCACCGUGUGCUAAGAUAGAUCAAAUUACGCAGUCUUAUGAUUGCCCAAGCGAAAUAAUUUGCAUAUUAACUGGAAGAGUCUAUUUAAGUGCUUUUGUAUUCAAUUUAUCCACUUUGCCAGAAGAUUGUGGUAUAUUUACUGUAGGUAAGUAUGCUUUUGACCGUGAUGAUGGCACUGACUCCCAUUUCAUGGAAUCAAAUAAAGGUAUCGUAACGAGCUUGACUAAACUUAACAAAAUUGUUUACACACGCAUUGGGUUUCAAUAUACUGAUAAUUGGCCCUCAAUACUUGAAGUAGACGAGAGUUCUACAAAUUAUCAGACAAAAACUAUAGAUCCAUUAGUCACUUUUUUAAAUGCAUACAAUAUUAGUGGUAUUUUCAUUAAAAUGUUUACUAUUUAUGAUGCCUUUGCAGAUUAUCCCAAAAAAAUUUCUAAUUUUGUCACCAAAGUCAAACAAUCAGUAAAACGUGAUCUAAGAUUCGGUUUAGAAAUAGAUUCAUGGUCCUAUAAAAACUUUUCAAAUUCUGAGUGUUUUGAUUUUUCAAUAACAAAUAAAGUUUUUGAUAUUUAUAUAAUUGAUUUUUCACUCUUAAACGAUUGUGAUUCAGAUGGUCAUAAAUAUGGUUUAGCUCCAAUAGAAAGCAAAAAUUCAAAUAUGACGACUAUGGAUCAAGUGACUGCUGCUGUAACUAAUUCAUCCAUGGAUCAAUCGAAAAUUUAUUGUCUUGUAGCAACAUCAGCAAUUCUUCCCAAGGGUCAAAUCUUAAACAAUAAGCGAAUUACAACAGUUUCUACGCUUUGUAACGGUACCAGUGACAGUUCAUUAAAUACAAGUACAUGGUGUUCGAAUCCUUCUGAACUUUCAUAUCAACAAGGUGUUUACGCAAAAAAACACUUCAAAGGAAUAGUAAUACAGCAACUUGAUACAGAUGAUCAUGAUGACACUUGUGGUUGUGGUCUAUUUCCAGUGACAAAUAUAUUUAUUAAUGGAUGGAAAUCAAGUAGUUUUACACCGUGUGCUAAGAUAGAUCAAAUUACGCAGUCUUAAUUAAACAUUUUUAAUUAAUUUUUAUCUACAAUAAACUAUGCAGUAUAAUUUAAAUACCUAACCAGAAAAAUAUGCCUAAAGUUCAAUAUUAAAAUUAAAAUGUUCAAGUAUAAGCAUGGAUUAAUUUGGAAUGGGGUAGUUAAUGAACUAUUAGGAAUAUCCGAAAAAAUAUUGUAUUUGUAUAGAUAAUCAAAUAUAACUUAAUAUUCACCAACAUUUAAGUUUUAUAAUAAUUCUAGACUAACCAAUAUUAUUUCCUAAACUAUUUUGUUAUUAUUAUUAUUAUUAUUAUUAUUAUUAUUAUUAUUAGUUUCUAAUAUGAUUUUGUACAAUUUAGUCAUAAAUUAUAAUAUAUUUUUUAUUUAUUACAUUGAAAUAGAUAUAUUAAAUACUUAUGACUUAAAAAAAAUUCAGAAAAACAUCAUGUUAAAGCAUUAAUAAUGCCUAAACUACCAAAAAACUAAUCAGAAUUACAUGCAGCUUUUGAUUUUAACCUAAAAUACAAACAAAUUAAUUAUUUAUAUUGAUCAAUGAUAUAACUAAUAAAAAAAUGGGUCACCCAUCCAAGCACCAAUGGCGUCCAAUGUGCGGUUGACCACACGAGCCAGACCAUCUGAUUUCUGUGCAACAAUGAGUAGAGGAAGAUCGUCAGCAAACCCGACGAGCUAAAUCCUUUCCGGUACGUCCAUUUUAGGAAUUACAUCAUAAAACAUAUUCCUCGUCGUGGAGACGAGGACUGACCCCUUCGAGACACCCACUAUGUCCAGUCUAUCAGCGAUGAUUCCAUUUGGGACAAGCAUAAUUAAAGUCUUGAGUCGGUAAAAAGAGAAUUAAGAUAUAUUUUUUUUAAGUUUUAUGGUACUCAGUAUUAAAACGUUGACUAAAUUAGUGCUGUGCUUAAAAUUACACGAGACUCAAAUACUUAAUUGGUCCUAAAAAUGUUUAUUGGAACUCUAUUUGUAUAUAGCCGCAACAUGUAUACAUAUUUCUUCAUGUAAUCUAAAUGUAUUUUAAUAAUUUUAUAAUGAUUAAUCUCUAUCUUAAAAUAUUUCUAUUAAUAUUUUAACGUGAUGUCCUAAACGGCUAUUAUUAUUAUUACUAUUGUAGUUAUCUCGAUAGUGUCGCUGUGCCGCCAAUCCGCCUAUUAUUUAGUUAGUAAUAUUCCGGCUAUGUGUGAAAAUCUUCGACCACUCGCUCUACGUUUUUUAAAUAACUUUUAUAUUAGCGACGAUUGUUUUUUAUAUACUCGUAUGUAUAACUAGAGUACCAAAUAGUCUUGAGAGUGGCAAGAUAAUGUUCCUAGUGAAAUGUAUUGUAUCUAUAAUAUAAUAUAUUGUGCAUUAAUAAUAAGUACGGAUUAUAAUUGACUAUUAUGAAUCUUAUUUAAUAAAUAAUAAUAUAUAUUGUUUU